CACAGCAGUAGUGGCUCUAUGGUGUCGCAUCCUGAUUCGAGUCGUUAUCGGUCUUCUCACAGAUAAACCGUCAUUUGAAUACGAGAGCAGGGUGGUGAUAUUCCAUCAACAUCUCUUCCUAGAAGCAUGGCUGAGCCCGAGCUCCUCCUGGACUCCAACAUUCGUCUUUGGGUUGUGCUGCCAAUUGUAUUUAUUACUUUUCUCGUUGGUGUGAUCCGCCAUUAUGUAUCGAUUUUGUUACAAAGUGACAAGAAGCUCACAUUAGAGCAGGUUUCAGACAGCCAGGUUCUUAUCAGGAGCAGAGUUUUACGAGAAAAUGGCAAAUACAUCCCUAAACAAUCCUUCUUGAUGAGAAAAUUCUACUUCAAUAACCAAGAAGAUGGGUUUUUCAAGAAGACUAAGAGAAAGGUGGUCCCACCAUCUCCAAUGACUGAUCCGAGCAUGUUGACUGAUAUGAUGAAAGGCAACGUGACAAAUGUCCUGCCUAUGAUCCUUAUUGGCGGUUGGAUCAACUGGACCUUCUCUGGGUUUGUUACAACAAAAGUACCGUUCCCUCUCACACUCCGCUUCAAGCCAAUGCUGCAGCAGGGAAUUGAGUUGCUCUCUCUAGAUGCCUCCUGGGUGAGUUCAGCAUCUUGGUAUUUCCUGAAUGUCUUUGGUCUCAGGAGUAUGUAUUCCCUAAUUCUUGGACAGGAUAAUGGUGCAGAUCAGUCUCGCAUUAUGCAGGAACAGAUGAGUGGUGCUGCAAUGGCAAUGCCAGCUGACACAAACAAAGCAUUCAAGGCUGAAUGGGAAGCGCUGGAGUUGACUGAUCACCAGUGGGCUUUAGAGAAUGUUGAGGAGGAUCUAAUGAGUAAGGACUUGGAUUUGUCUGGGAUGUUCAGCAAAGACUUGCCAACGGGCAUCUUUUAAGUGCCUGUCCACUACUGAGAGGUGUUGGCAUACCUCACUGAAUUAAAAAGCGAAUUGUCGGACUGGUUUUGGGAGUGACCAUACACUUCCAUUCAGAGAUUUCUUUCUUGAAAGUGUCAUAAACAUCAUUGCUGACAUAUCACAUUUUGUGUCAUAUGCAUGCACCGUUCCCUCCACUGCUGAUUUUUCGCUCAGAACUUGAGCAUUAUAGUGUGAUCAAGCUUAGAGUUUUAUGGAUUUUGUUUUGAGACUGCAUUUCUACAAUAGACAGAUUACAGUGAAAACCAUAGUGUAGCUGUUUUUUUAAACAUUCCUCCAUUAAUAUUGCUGUUUUAUUUUAUUUCUCUUGAAUUUCUAUUAAUUUUACUUGUUUUAAAAGCCCCUUUUUUGUUCUUAUUAGGACUAUCUUUAUUAGGACUAUGUGAUUGUUUGGACCAAAUAGACAAAAAGGAAGUUUUAGGAAGUAAAGUGGUUUAAAAAUGGAUCAGUCCAUAAUUUAGUUUGUUUCAUAAAUAGUAUUUUCUAAACUGAAUAGAAUUUUAGAUGCUUUAUGGUGCCAAUAACACACCAUGCACUGAGUAUAUCGUGAAAGAAACAAACCCUUGGCAAUUGGUCAUUGAUUAGAUUUAAUAUUUAUUGAGUUGUUGGCAUGUAAUUUUUUUUUUUACUUUUAUUAAACAUCUUUGUUUUUUAAUAGAGUUUCUGCACACCAUUUCCUGGAUAUGCACAUUUUAAAUACGAAACAGUCAUGCACUGUUCUCUUUUCUGUAUUUAUUUUUCAAUUCGUUUUUCUAGCACUGCUGAUUUUUUUGGAAGGUUUGCGCAGAUUUAUUGGUUCCAAGGAAACAUGUAGUCUUCGUAAUUUUCAGCAAAAUGUUAUGAUUUGCUCAGCCACUUUGAAGACAUCACCUGGGGCCUGUAACCUAAAGCUGGAUUAGAUAUCUAGCCAGUUAAGUUUUAGUUUAGUUUGUACCAAUCUUGGGUUUUAGGUGACAUGAAGGUAACUCUACUUUAAUCACUCUUGCCAUGGUAUUAUGGAGUAGCUGAGCUGAGGUAGUUGGCAUGAUGGCUCAGUGUUUAGCACUGUCGCCUCACUGCAAGAAGGUUGCUAGUUUGAGUCCAACUGGGUCAGUUGGUAUUUCUGUGUGGAGUUUGCAUAUUCUCCCCAUGUUGGUGUGGGUUUCCCACACAGUGCAAAGACUUGCGGUACAGGUGAAUUUCCUUAAAUUGGCUGUAGUGUAUGGGUGUUUCCCAGGACUAUGUUGUGGCUGUAAGGGCAUCUGCUUCGUAAAACAUAUGCCGGAAUAGUUGGCAGUUAAUUCUGCUGUGGCGACCCCACAGAUAAAUAAGGGACUAAGCCGAAGGAAAAUGAAUGAAUGAAUGAGCUGAGCUACCAUCAUGGUACCUAAAAAACAGAAUUUGUGCAAACUAAUCUGGCUUCAUGGUACAGGCCCCUGAUCCUACCUGCAGUGGCUUGUUACAAAAUACAUAAACAACAAUAUAAUCAUAAUUCAGCUAAAAUAUUAAUAAUUUAUAUUAAAGAAAAUACAUUUUUGGACAUUUGAAUAAAAUGCUAUUUAUCAAAACCAGUACUGUUUUGUAAACAUGUUAAUAAAACCAUCAUGCAACAUA